GGGCUGUGCCCGAGUCUCCGCCCUCUGGCCGCCGCAGGUUGGUGGCGGUGGGAGGGCCGCCGCGGGCGCGGGGAGGGGGCGCGUGGCGCCCAGGCUCGGCGGAGCCCGGAAUCCCGGAGCACGAGAGCCGGGCCUGCAACCCGAGUGCCGCCGCCAUGGCUUCGCAGCAGCUGUUCCGCGCUCUGGUGUCGGCGCAGUGGGUGGCGGAGGCGCUGCGGGCCCCGCGCCCCGGGCCGCCCCUGCAGCUGCUCGACGCCUCCUGGUACCUGCCCAAGCUGGGCCGCGACGCGCGCCACGAGUUCGAGGAGCGCCACAUCCCCGGCGCCGCCUUCUUCGACAUCGACCAGUGCAGCGACCGCUCGUCGCCCUACGACCACAUGCUGCCCGGCGCCGCGCACUUCGCCGAGUACGUGGGCAGCCUGGGCGUGGGCGCGGCCACCCACGUCGUGGUCUACGACGCCAGCGACCAGGGCCUCUACGCGGCUCCGCGCGUCUGGUGGAUGUUCCGCGCCUUUGGCCACCGCACCGUGUCGCUACUCGACGGCGGCCUCCGCCACUGGCAGCGCCAGGGCCUCCCGCUCAGCUCGGGCAAAAGCCGCCCGGCGCCCGCCAAGUUCCACGCCGCACUCGACCCUGCCUUCGUCAAGACGUACGAGGACAUCAAGGAGAACAUCGAGUCCCGGCGCUUCCAGGUGGUGGACGCCCGCUCCGCCGGCCGGUUCCGGGGCACCGAGCCCGAGCCCCGAGACGGCAUCGAACCCGGCCACAUCCCGGGCACUGUGAACAUCCCCUUCACAGACUUCCAGACCCAGGAGGGCCUGGAGAAGAGCCCAGAAGAGAUCCGCCACAUUUUCCAGGAGAAGAAGGUGGACCUGGCCCGGCCACUGGUGGCCACAUGUGGCUCCGGUGUCACAGCCUGCCACGUGGUGCUGGGGGCCUACCUCUGCGGCAAGCCCGACGUGGCCGUGUACGACGGCUCCUGGGUGGAGUGGUACAUGCGUGCCCAGCCCGAGGAAGUCAUCUCUGAAGGCCGGGGGAAGACCCUCUGAGGCCGUGGGACACAGGCAAGGCCGGGCCAUGCCUGGUUGUUCUGGCUCUGCUUUCACCGUGACAGUUUCUUCGCCCAACUCAGGUGGCUCAUGGGGUGACAUCUCAGAGGCCAGGAAUUCUGCCGACUGGUCAGCUCCCAGUGGAGGGGGAGCUAGGGAACAUUCGUGGGAGCAGAGAAGGUGGUGGGUGAGCACAGGAGGAGGGAGACCCCACAUGGUGCUGAGCUGGGGCCUGGCCCCCUUCUAUUUUACUGUUGAGGAAAUAAACCAGCCAAGUGCUAAAUCCUUGUCA